AUGCAUGCAUACAACCUCAUAUUCCCUCCAACCCCUCUACAACAACAUUCCCCGCAUAAUCCCCCAAAAAAUCCUUAUCCCCACCACUACAUUCCCCUAUACAAUCUACAGGCCAAGCCUCUACUCCUUCAAAAAACCCUAAAAAUCCCAAACUACACCAUACACAGAAAAGACGAUCCAACAUCCGACACUAACAAACUCAGGGACGGGAUGCUUAUAGCAAUACGAAACAGCAUCCCUUCUGAAAACAUCCCACAACCAACAUCUCCCAAUAUUGAAUUCCUAACGAAGACCACCCCAACCAUAACAAUAAGAGCGGCAUAUACACCUCCAAAAACUAAUAUUUCCUCUUCCGACCUAGACUUCAUUAUACUUCACAACGACCCGGGACAUUACUUCAAUGUGAAGCACUAUAUCUGGAACAACCCUGGAAAAAACAGAAACAGCUCCAUCAUCAACCAUGCUGAACUCCAAAAUUAUCCACCUACACUCACAGGUAACCUAACUGCACUCUGUCUAACAUCGAUAUCUUCCUAUCAGACACAUGCCACGCUAUAG